CCCCACGUCACGCACUCAUCUUCUCCAGGACCUUGACAGUCCUGUUGGGCGUCCACAGGUGCGCAUUCUCCAGAUCUAUCGCCUCCCGAUGUGCCAUUGGCGUGGAGAAGUCGCCCGCAUUGCUGAGCGUGCCCGUCCCCGCUCUCGGUGUGUACAUGACCGUCCGCUCCUCGGCGGCGUGUGCAGGUGGCAGAGAGGGCGGGAAGGGCGGGCCGCCGGAUGGGCCCUGCAGGGUGGCUGCCGUUGUCGACGUGGUGUUGUUGGUCUUGUUGAGGUCCCGCUGGCUCACUGGCCGUGACUGGAAAUCGGGGAAGCGGCCGGCAUUGGAUGGAGGGGGGAGGGUGCAUGUGUUGGGCGGUACACGCAGCGGACGAAACUCCUCACCCUGAAUGAACCAGGCCAACAGAGAGAAAUCUAUCCAUCCACCCGGCGUGUCGGCUGGUCUUUUCUCUCUUACCACGUCAAGGGCUAUGUUGGCACACGAGCACGACGACACCAGGCUCAUGACGCCGCUAACUACUCCAUCAGCCAUCUGCUGCACAUCCCGCAGCACCUCCAUCCGAUCUGCCGCGUUCCCCAUCACCUCAACGGACAGGCUUCAAAUGUGGUGUAAAUCGACAACAUGAGAGCGUGCCCUCCAUCUCUGCAAAGCGAGGAUGGCGUUGUG